AUGGCGGAACCGGAAACCCGCCGGAAGUCUGAGUUUGACUCUCAGAAGAAGAUAAAGCAGGUGGACCGGGUCAGGUAUGGCGUCCGGAUCGGAUCCUCCGGGAUCCGGAGUGAAAUCAGUCAGGAGAUCUCCACGCCUGUCACCUCAGCUGAAGAGCUGCAGGUGGAGCUUCCUGCUGCUCAGGAGUCCUUCCAGGUGUGUGUGACGGCUGUUGGUUCAGUCCUCCAGCUGGUGGAUCGUGUCCUGACCUCUGAACUCAGGAACGGAUUCGCUGUCAUCAGACCUCCAGGUCAUCACGCUCAGGCCGACCAACCCAACGGCUUCUGUGUGUUCAACAACAUGGCGGUUGCGGCUCGCUACGCUCAGAAACGCCACGCUGUCAACAGGGUUCUGAUCGUGGACUGGGACGUCCAUCAUGGUCAGGGCAUCCAGUACCUGUUCCAGGAGGAUUCCAGUGUGCUGUACUUCAGCGUCCACAGAUAUGAAGGCGGGGCUUUCUGGCCUCACCUGCAGGAGUCAGACUGCAGCUUUGUGGGCAGCGGACGAGCUGAAGGGAGGACUAUCAACCUGCCGUGGAACAAGACGGGGAUGAGCGACGCUGAUUACAUCACUGCCUUCCAGCAGGUGCUGCUGCCAGUGGCCUGUGAGUUCCAGCCUCAGCUGGUUCUGGUCUCAGCUGGAUUUGAUGCUGCAGCCGGAGAUCCGAAGGGGGAGAUGUGUGUGCACCCUCAGUGUUUCCACAUCCUGACCCACAUGUUGAUGAGUUUGGCUGAAGGUCGACUCGUUCUCGCUCUCGAGGGAGGUUAUGACCUUCAGGCGACAGCAGAGGGCGUCGCAGCCUGCGUCACAGCUCUGCUGGGCGGAGCCUGUCCUCCUCUGAACCUGCCCACUGCUCCCUCUGACAGCGCCUUGCUGUCCAUCUCUGAGACCAUCUCAGCGCUGUACCCACAUUGGGCCUCGCUGCAGGUUCUGGGCGGACCCGGUCCUGAGGGACGUGUCAUCACAGCAGCAGCCAAUCACAGCAGCCCAACACCGGCUUCCAUCAACACAUCUGUUGCCACGACAACAGGUCUUGUUUAUGAUGAGAAGAUGAUGGAGCAUGUGAACCUGUGGGACAGGCAUCACCCUGAACAGCCUCAGAGGAUUUCUAAGAUCUUCUCCAAACUUGAGCAGCAGGGAUUGGUCGCCCGUUGCCAUCGGAUACCUGCCCGCCUGGCGACAGAGGAGGAGCUGGCCGUGUGUCACAGCCUGCAGCACAUCGAGCGGAUGAAGGCGACGGCGGAGAUGAAACCCCGCGACCUUCACAAACUGGGAAACGAGUUCACCUCCAUCUUCUUCAGCAACCAGAGCUUCCAGUGCUCCCAGUUGGCUGCUGGAAGCUGCUUCAACGUCGUGGACGCCAUCCUGAGUGGUCAGCUGAGUAACGGCGUGGCCAUCGUCCGCCCUCCGGGUCACCACGCUGAGAGAGAUGCUCCCUGCGGUUUCUGUCUCUUCAACACCGCCGCUCUCACCGCUCGAUACGCCCAGAAAAACUCCCAUGAUCCUCAGCUGCGAGUGCUGAUCCUUGACUGGGACAUUCACCAUGGCAACGGGACGCAGCACAUGUUUGAAGACGAUAACAGCGUUCUGUACAUCUCUCUCCAUCGCUAUGACAACGGGACGUUCUUCCCAUUCUCAGAGGACGCCGCUGCCGACAGAGUGGGCGUGGCCAAGGGGGCAGGCUUUAACGUGAACAUAGCGUGGAACGGCGGGCGAAUGGGCAACUCCGACUACCUGGCAGCGUUUCAUCACGUUGUCAUGCCGAUUGCUGCCGAGUUUAACCCCGGACUGGUUCUGGUGUCGGCCGGGUUCGACGCAGCCCGGGGAGAUCCGCUGGGCGGAUACCAGGUGACUCCCGAGGGAUACGCCCACCUCACACACCUGCUGAUGUCACUGGCUGGGGGGCGUAUCCUCAUCAUCCUGGAGGGUGGUUAUAACCUGACGUCCAUUUCUGACUCCAUGGCGAUGUGCACCAGUGUGUUGUUAGGAGACGCUCCCCCCUCCCUGGCCACGCCCUUCCCUCCUCCCCAUCACUGCGCCGUGGCAACAAUCAGGAAAGUCAUCCGACAGCACGCCCCCUACUGGCGCUCGCUGAGGAUUACCAUUCCAGAGUUGGUGCAGUUGGCCCUCCCCUCCCCAAAGCAUCGUGGGAAAUGUAGUUCUCAAGGCAGGAAAUCGGACAAACGGCCGCUGCCCCCUGCUCGACAGGAGAUGGAGGGUGUGGAGCAGCUCACUCAGGGAUUGGCCAGUCUAGAUAUCACUCAAGCCCCGCCCACCCCACAGGAACCACCCACAAUGGAGGUCAAAGGUGAUGUGGAGUCCAAGUUGGAGAACAGCCAAUCAGCAGAGAGCCUGCAGACUCAGAGUGUUACCAUGGCAGCAGCAGAAUCAGACCCCAAAGGAGGUGUGGGGUCAGGUGAAGGGGCGGAGCCUACGUCAGAGGGAGCCUGUGGUUGGUCGAAGCCUCAGGUGUCUCUGGAGCUGACAUACAGCACUGAGAUGGGCGGAGACACUCUGUACGUGGUGGACCCUCUGCCCUGGUGUCCUCACCUGGAUGCCGUUAAGCCUCUCCCUCCCUCAGGUGUUGACGUCUUCCAGGUGUGCAGUGACUGCGGUUCUGACUCUGAGAACUGGAUCUGCCUCACCUGCUAUGAGGUGUGCUGCGGUCGCUACGUUAACGAGCACAUGGUGACGCAUGGCGCCGUGUCGGAGCACCCUGUGGUGCUCAGCUUCUCUGAUUUGUCCGUUUGGUGCUACCUGUGUGAGUCCUACGUCCACCACCAGGUUCUGUUCGAGGCCAAGAACGCUGCUCACUUUGCCAAGUUUGGAGAGGAUGUUCCUCCCUGGAGCUGAGCCGGCUGGUCGCCAUGGAAACGGCUACGCUUUAAUCAUUUUGGUGCAAAUCGCUUACUGAUCUAAACAUGCUUUUAUUCUGAAAGUCCUACCCAGAGUUGGUUUUUGAAGGAGCACUUCCUGUAAAAAUUCCAACUUCCUGUGACAGCACAAACCAAUAAUCUUGUUGUGAUGUGAUUGGUUGGAUUGGGAGAUGAUGUCACUCUUUAAAAAACAGCAACUAGCUGACCUGGUUCUGAUCCGGUUCUGAUCCGGUUCUGAUCUGGUUCAGUUCGCCUCAUUCAUAAACCCAGCUGGUUCGUUUCCUCUGGAUCAGAACCGGGUCAGAGCCAACCUGUUUAAUAGUCAAUAUUUGAGGUAAAAAUCUUUUCAUAUGUUUUAUUGACAAUAAAAAUAAUUUCUUUUCUUA